AUGCGCACAGAGUUCAACCAGCUCCGGCGGAAGAUCGACGACUACAUCAAGUCGGAGAUGCAACGUCUCAGCUCCCGCCUUGAUGCCAACGAAGCCCGCAUCGCGAGACUGGCAGGGGCACCCGACAGCCAAGGCAUGGACGAGGCAACGAAGAGCUUAGAUGGUGCAGCUCGGUCCCUGUUCGAGACGGCUGUCGUGAAGCCAGCCGCCUCGAGAGCAGCGAGGACAGAGAGGACUGCAAACAGCAACAGUGGGCCUGCUUCGAGGCCGCCUCCCCAGCUGCCAAUCCAAGGCCAGAAGGCCUCAUUCAUGCAGGCGGCUUCAGACAGGCAGGCCAAGGAGAACACAGCUUGGAAGCUGAAGCAUGCUUGCCAGCAUGCUCCUUCCUCUGAUGUUUGGGAGGAGCCUGGUGAGACCAAGGUGAGCAAUACGGUGCUGGACCACGCAGAAGAGGCCCUUCGCCGCUGCUUUGAGAAGACAAGGGAGUUCCAAAGGUACGAGAAUAACCCUCUCCUCGCCCUCAACAACCUGUUCAAUCAACUGGAUCGAAAUCACAGCGGCAAGCUGGACCGUGGAGAGUUUGCAAAUCUGUGCAGCGUGUUGGACUUCCACGCGAACAACGAUCUCAUGAGCGCCUUGUUCAGGCGCUACGACCUCGACCGCAGCAACUACAUCAAGAUGGACGAGUUCGGCCGAAUGCUUUUCAAGGUUUCUGGCGACAAGGAAGGUAAAGCUCUGAGCACCAUCGCGAAGCUCCGUGCGGCCCUUGCACUUAGGGCCGGUGGCUUCGAGACACUGAAAGCCAUGGGCAGCCAGUUCCGCAUCAUGGACCACAAUCACUCGAACGAGCUCUCCAAGGAAGAGUUCAGUACUGCGCUGGAUGUACUACUGGGCUGCUUCAACUUGCAUUUCAGCGCCGCAGAAAAGCUGAACUUGUUUCAGCAGUUCGACCGGGACAGUUCCGGUUCGGUCGACUACGACGAGUUUGUUCGGGGCAUCCGUGGCGACAUGAACGAGGUUCGGCUAGAAUGGGUCGACAAGGCUUUCAGCAUCCUGGACAAAGAUGGUUCCGGUGUGGUCGAAACAAGUGAGAUGUCCAAGACCUACGACGUGUCCCAGAAUCCGGCAGUGAAGUCUGGAAAGGUGACCCCGCAGCAAGCGAUUACCCAGUUCAUGCAGCACUUCGAUGCGAACUCUGAUGGCCGAAUCACGAGGGAAGAGUUCCUGGAGAACUAUCAGUGGGUCAGCGCAUCCAUUGACAGCGAUGAUUAUUUCGAGCUGAUGAUGCGGAAUGCCUGGCACAUACCUGAAGGUGAGGGCUGGUGUGCCAACACUUCCAACCUACGGGUGCUGGUGAAGCACACUCGGUCGCCGGACGAGGCGGAUGAAGAUCUUCCCAUGCAGUAA